AAGAGUUCUUGGAACUUGCGCGGAAAUAAUAGCGAAAAAUAGUUACGAUUUGGGGUCAUUUGUGCCUUGCACGACAUAGUCAACCAAUUUCUUGUUUUAUUAUAGGCGAUAUUCCAUUUAAAUUAUUCAAAAAUCUUAAURCAUACAAAAGGAUAUAAAUAGAGAGGGACUGCACUUCAGAUGGCCUCGUAUUAUUAAACCUUGGACUUCUGAAUUCAUCAAAACACUUUAGAUCAAGGAAAUGACUUGUAGUAGAUAAUCCACCUUUCAUUAGAGAAUUUAUUGGCAAAUGAAUCAAUUUGGAAGCCUGCCUAGAAGUGACACUGGCGUUUCCAUGGUGAUGACAUCAAAGCAUCCUGAGCCGUACAUUGAUAUAGCAGCCCAGGCUCUUGUAAAGGACAGCUGUAGUGUGCAUUGUGGAAUGGUCAGGAAAGAAAACAAGAUAAAGAAAUGGCAAGAUCGAUAUUUAGUUCUUCAUAAGGGCUGCCUGUACUAUUAUAAAGAUUCCAAUGAUAAGACAGCACAAGGGCAGUUCUCUUUGAGUGGAUACAGUUUGUGUAAAGCACCRGAGAAAACUAAGUAUGAAUGGACAUUUAGAUUGAAGCACAUUCAGCCUGAGAAGAGGUCUUACUACUUUGCUGCUCACUCRGAAAAAGAACUUAAUGAAUGGAUAGAGAAGAUACAGGAAGAUAUCUCUCAAUAUUGUGAAAUCAGAAGACCUCAUCACACGACGGACAGCAGCAGUGAAGAGAACGAUGAAAAAUAUGACUACCCACUGGUUGCACCAGAGGAUUUUGAUGUACUAAAGCAAAAAAUGAUCAAAGAGUCUCGGAAUAGUGUCCAAAUAGCAUCAUCAUCAUCUGAAGCUGCAUAUUGCCCUCCUUCAGAYAUUUUUGGUUCAUCUGUUAAACCUAACGUUUUUCCACCUAAACCUUUCAUGGUUGAAGCUCCAUCACCCUCCACUGGUAUGGCUCAAAUGACUGUCGAUAUUUCAAGAGUAAUAGGUAAACGACCUCCUGGAGCCAACCAAGCUGCAACUAAUAUGGCAAGAAUUCUAGGUUCACAACCUCCUAAACCUCCUGUCCGGAAAAGACCAGGUGACAUGACAGCUGGUUCUCCUCUUGCUGUUCACAAGCCUGCAAUCUUACCAAAACCACGCAAGAUGGCAGAACCAUCAACAGCCAGAUCAGAAUCAUCAGAAGAAAUGUAUUUAGAGUUAAAUAACGACAAUUCAGAAGAGCAAGUUCAAAGACCAUCCACUUUACAGAGAAAUCGUCCUGAUGGGCACAGCUUCAAAGUUAAAGACACCGAAGUACCUUAUCCAGCCAAUGUUCUGCCAUCAUCAGCUCUUCGUCUUGACUUCACUAAGGCCAAUGCAAUACCGUUACUGGGCGGUUAUGACGGGGCUUACAUGAUUCACAGCAGCCGAAAAGGCGACAUCAACCAGGCCUUAUCGGUGUGUAUCGCAGACAAAGUCAAACACUUUCUGAUCUUCUGUAAUAAGGAGGUAGGUGUUGCCCCACCCCUC